UCUCGUGUCCGCCUAAUCCCAUCAUCUCAGCACGUAAUCCUGCUCACUAAUCACUCUGUUCCGUGGCAACGACUUGGGCGUGGACCUAACAAUUCAUCGCUUCUCCACGUCAAAGUCUCCGAUUCCGUUCGUCUUCCACUCCUCUCCUUGAGAUCCCACCACCUCCUGCUCAGCUCGGGUGCUUCAGUGCCAGCCAGUGCACCACGAGCACGGACAGGAAGUUUUCUCUUGCCGCGCGCCUCGACUGAUGCCAAUGCCCUCCCCGAGGCUCGCCCACCUCGUGGUGGCCUUGUUGUUAUCGUUGUGCGCCUUCCCCUGCGCCGACGCGUCGGUGCACGACUACGCCGGCGAGCGGUUCGACGGAGUCGGCAACGGCUUCAUCCUCCACGGCGGCAGCGAGGGCGUCUACGCCUCCGCUGCGGCGGGCGCAUUCAUCCGCUUCGAGAAGGUCGUCUUCAGGAGGACGCCGGAGUCAGCGGCUGCGGCAGGGCAGGACGGCAAUCGCACGGCCACGAUCACGGCGGUCAUCUUCGAGUCCGGAGACCGCGACGCCGUCGGGGGCUCAGACGUCUCCGGCGGGCGGGCGCUCUGCUGCACGGCGGAUAUGGCGAGGCUUGGUGCGUGCACCGAGGGGGCGCUCGUGUACCGCACGCCGAACGGCACCGUUGGCUGGCCCAAGGUGACGGCGGCCUCCUUCCUCCCGGGCGGCCUCGAGGCGGCGUUCCCGGACGAGACCGCCGCCGUGUCGCGCACCGGCAUGUACACCCUCCUCUUCGUCCACUGUGACGCGUCGCUCGCGGGGGGGCAGGUGGCCGCUGAGGGCAAGACCAUCUGGAAGAACAGCCGCGGCUACCUCCCCGGCCGGAUGGCCCCCCUCGUGCCCUUCUACGGCUGCAUGUCGCUGGCGUUCGCCGCGCUCGCGGCGUACUGGUUCGCGCAGUACGCGCGGUUCUGGCGGGAGGUGGUGCCGCUCCAGAGCUGCGCCACGCUCGUGAUCGCGCUGGGGAUGGUGGAAUCCGCCACGUGGUACUUCGACCUCGCCGAGUUCAACGAGUCCGGCGUCCGGCCGCGCGGGGCGACGUUCUGGGCGGCCACGUCCGGCGCGCUCCGCGGCGCGGUGUCGCGCGUGCUGGUGCUGCUCGUGGCCAUGGGGCACGGCGUGGUGAGGCCCACGCUGGCGGGGCUCAGCGCCAGGGUGGCCGGCCUCGGCGCGGCGUUCUUCGCCGCGGCGGAGGCCCUCGAGGUCGUCGAGAACGUCGGUACCGUGAGCGACCACUCGCCUACGCCGACGAGGAGGCUGUUCUUGGUGCUCCCCGUCGCGGCCCUCAACACGGUGUUCUUCUACUGGAUAUUCAGCUCGCUGUCGAAAACUCUGAACAAGCUUAAGGCCAAACGGAUGACGGUGAAGCUGGAGAUGUACCGGAAAUUCACCAACGCCUUGAUCAUUGCAGUGGCCGUGUCGCUCGGGUGGAUCACAUUUGAGAUCCACUUCAAGUCGACGGACGAGUACAACGAGCGGUGGCGCGUGGCGUGGGUCAUCCCGGCGGUGUGGCAGCUCAUCUCCUUCUCGCUGCUCUGCGCCAUCUGCCUCGUAUGGGCGCCCUCUCACAGCUCCAUGAGGUAUGCCUACCCGGACGAGGAGGAGGGCGAGGACCUGGAGGACACGCGGCCGCUGAUCAUCCGGCCCGGCCCGCUGUCCUACGUGGAAACCUGGGCGAUCUCCGUGUCGCCGGACGCGACCAAGGUCAUACUGAAAACUGACUCCGGCGUCUACGCGAAGCCCGGUAAGCGGGUGUAGCUCUCUAGCUCAAGAUCUGAGAGACAUGCAGGGGUGAAACUUGAGAGCAAAUGAUAUCAUGUCACUUCAUUGUACAUCUAACAAAAAUAUAAAUUCAUAAUAUCGAUAUGAGCAGAAUAUUAGUAAAGAAUUUCUUCACCUGA